AAGAUGACAAUGGACCUAGCAGCUGAUGAACGAUCAUUCCUUAAUUGCUUACUUGAGCUCAAUGCCUAUGACAGGCAAUUAUGGGAAAAUAUGCAGCGGAUCACCGACGUUGAAUCUAAGUUGGUAACCUUGGAACAAAAACAGGAUAAAAUGAUGUACGAUAUCAGCUCCAUAAAUGAGGAGCAGAAAGGUCGUUUUCUUUCAACCACGUUAGGAGUACGAGUAAGUGUUGAUAUUGUAGCUCUUGAUGCUGCUGUUACCGCUUUGGAAAAGGAUCUCGGUCUUCCUGAUUGGACAGAUCAAAAUCAUAGCCUUCCUAUUGAUGUGCUAGCCGCAACUCCAGGAGAUGUGAAGAGGCAACAGCUCUUGCAAUUGUUGAUCAGCGUAGAUUCACAGAUUAAAGAAGCCGACAGUGACCUUCAGGAAAUUAUUGACCAGGUGUCGGCACUACACAAGUCGAAAUCAGCAAUGUCUAAUUCGAAAAAAUAUACUGAAGAUCAAGUAGCGCAGAUUCUUAAAAACCAAAUGGAAACAUUGAUUUACAUCGACAAGAAGACUGGAGAACUUGAUGCUAAAGUCGAUGAAUUCAAAGAUGUUUUGGACGGGCGGCAUUCUACGCUUUCUCCUCCUUGA